CACACAUUGACUGUAUUUAGUGAAUGCAAUGCAAUAGUGUUGAGCACAUCAUAGAAAUGAUUGAAUUGAUUAUAAUAUUGGUAUUAAUUAUCCGAUGAUUUUUUGCUCAAAUUAUCAUUCAUUAUAUGCCAUCAAUUGUUAUCUCAUAUUUUCAUCGAUUGAUUGAUAUUUUAAUUGAUAACUAAACUCAUAUCACAUCAACUGAUUGAUUGGUUUGAUAUCAUUUGCCAUUAAAGUUGUCAUCAAAAUAAUGUCGACGCCAGAGUUCCUCAAAGGAUUGCCAGUCUUUGAUGAACUGAAUUUCAGUCGUUUCCAGUCAGAGGGAUGUCGUACCUCAUCAAAGAAGCCAUCCGUAUAUCUUCCCACUAAAGAUCACCCGUCAGAGCAAAUAAUAACAACAGAGAAGACAAAUAUAUUGUUACGAUAUCUUCACCAACAGUGGGACAAAAAGAAAGCGUUGAAGAAAAGAGAGACCAACGAUGAGAAUGAGUCACAAACGGCACGUAAAAGGAAGAAAUGCAACGACACGUCAAACACCAAUCAAUAGCUGAUCCCAAUUGUAGUUUAUUUGUAGUAUUAACUCAAUUGAAAACAUUAUCUCAAAUGAAAUUAUUUUUCUUGUUUUUUCAUAUUUCCGGUUAUUUAAUAUUGAUUUCCGAGCUUUGAAACAAUUAUUAACUUAAUUACCAUAUAAUGUAUCUCAUGUUUUUGUUAUGUUAUUUGAGUUGUAUUUUCUAUUUAAUUAUUACUAAAAACUAUAUAUUGAAAUCUAAGUAAAACAUCAAUUCACUAUUAUUAUUUUAAAUUUUUAUAA